AUGACUUUCGAAGAGGGAAUCACUCCUCCCAACCCGGUGCAGGAAGAGGAUGAGGCUAUGCGAGCAUUUGCUGGGGAGCAGGAUGGGGUCCAAGACUUAGACAAAGAGACAAAUGCGCGGUUGUUGAAAAUCAUCGAUCGUAAUCUGCUUCCACUGCUAUGUACUAUCUAUGGGCUGAACUUUCUAGACAAAACCACCCUCUCCUAUGCUAGUGUGAUGGGGCUCCAGUCUGAUAUACGACUGACUGGCGAUCAGUAUCAAUGGCUUGGGAGUAUCUUCUACUUCGGAUACCUCGCGAUAGAGUACCCUAGUAGCCGGCUGCUGCAAAAGUAUCCGCUUGCUAAGUAUUCGUCGCUUAACAUCAUUCUCUGGGGAGCGACGCUAGCGUGUUUCGCUGCCGUGAAGGACUUCCGAGGAGCGGCCAUUGUGCGCUUUUUCCUGGGAGUUUUCGAAGCGGUCGUGACACCUGGAUUCGCGCUCUUCACCUCGCAAUGGUACACAAAGCACGAGCAGGCAUCCAGAACGGGAAUCUGGUUCGGUUUCAACGGCGUGGCGAUGAUUAUUGGUGGUUUGUUAGCUUACGGCAUCGCCAAAGGGACACAGGAUCAGGUCACAAUCAUUGAGCCAUGGCGGAUCUUGUUUUUGGCGACAGGCUGCUUCACUGUGGUCAUCGGACUGGUCUUCCUCUACUUUAUGCCAGACAACCAAUGGAAUGUGCGCUUCCUGAGUCCGGAGGAUCGGAUUCUCGCAGUGCAACGCAUCCGUCAGAACCAACAAGGAAUCGGCAAUAAGAGCUUCAAGAUGUCUCAAUUCAAGGAAGCCCUUCUCGACCCCAUGACAUGGGCUUUUGCUUUCUUCGCCUGCGCGGGAAAUAUCCCGAAUGGCGGCAUUACCAACUUUUUCUCCCAGAUCAUCAAAAACUCGGGAUACACGGCUGCUGAGUCGCUUCUGUACAGCAUCCCCGGUGGUGCCGUACAGGCCAUCAGUUUAAUUGUUAGCGGGAUCCUCAGUGAUCGAUAUCAUCAACGGGUCUAUAUCAGUUGUAUUGGGCUAGCGAUUGGACUGCUAGGUGCCAUACUACUUGUAUCUUUGCCUCUAUCCAACAGCGUCGGGAGAUUGAUUGCGUUCUAUCUCACACAAGCCAGUCCGACCGCAUUUGUUGCCUUGCUGUCCUUUGUAUCGACGAAUGUAGCAGGUUCGACGAAAAAGACUACCGUCGCGGCAAUCUACAUGAUCGCAUACUGUGUGGGAAAUAUCAUAGGACCUCAAACAUUCCGUCCUCAGGACGCGCCCCGGUACAUUCCUGCUGAGAUUACCAUCUGCUGCUGCUGGGCCGCGUGCCUGGUCGACAUGCUGGUGAUUCGGUAUUGGUAUCAGACUCGGAAUGCCGAGAAGGAGAGGAUACGGUUGGAUCCGGAUUAUCAGAAGGUGCCUUUAUCAGAAUUCAAGGAUUUGACGGAUUUGCAGAAUCCAGAGUUGGUAUAUGCACUGUAA